AGCUUUUGUUUUGAUUAGAAAGUAGAAACGACAAAUCAAUGGCAGCCUAACACAAACACUUGAUCGAUCAUCGGAUAGACAGAGAUCCAUUGUUGAGUGAGCCAACACCACACCCACCUACCCCUUCCCGUCAACCAUGGCUUCCCUCUCCCUCCUCUCCCGUCCUCCUCUCUCCUCCUCCCUUCUCCGCCACCACAACAAUGCCGCAAUCGCCACCUCCACCCGCCUUGUCACCUUCAAUUCCCCUCGAUAUCUCUCCAUCAAAGCCUUCUCCGCCCCAUCCCCUGUCCAACCACUAACCCAAGACGAUCUCAAAAAACUCGCCGCGGAUAAGGCCGUAGAGUACGUCAGCUCCGGGAUGGUUCUCGGACUCGGCACCGGUUCCACCGCCGCCUUUGUGGUAUCCAAAAUCGGUGAACUCCUCGCAUCCGGCGAACUCAAAGACAUUGUCGGCGUACCCACAUCAAAAAGAACUCAAGAACAAGCCGCUUCCCUCGGGAUCCCCUUAUCGAUCCUCGACGAUCAUCCCAAACUUGACCUCGCAAUCGACGGCGCAGAUGAAGUCGACCCUGAUCUCAAUCUAGUCAAAGGCCGAGGCGGCGCCCUCCUCCGUGAAAAAAUGGUGGAAGCCGCAUCCGACAAAUUCGUGGUGGUUGUCGACGAUUCGAAGCUUGUUUCUGGUUUAGGUGGAAGCGGAUUAGCAAUGCCUGUUGAAGUGGUGCAGUUUUGUUGGAAGUAUAAUCUGGUUCGUCUGCAAGAUUUGUUCAAAUCGGAAGGGUGUGAUGCGAAAUUGAGAUUAGAUGGAGAUGGAAAGCCUUAUGUUACUGAUAACAUGAAUUACAUUGUGGAUUUGUAUUUCAAGACUCCGAUUAAGGAUGCAUGGGCUGCUGGAAAGGAGAUAUCGGCUUUUGAAGGGGUGGUGGAACAUGGGUUGUUUCUGGAUAUGACCACCGCUGUGAUCAUCGCCGGAAAAGAUGGAGUUAGUGUGAAGAGCAAGUGAGAGAGAUUGGUAUGUUGAAAAUCUUGAAAAAGCUGUCGACUUUAUAUGAAAUUAUUCUUGAUGAUAUAGUUUUAGUAAAGAAUGGUGUUAACUUGAGUAGAUUUGAUUUGAAAUCAUGUUGAGAUGUUAACACAUCUUUUUUGUUCUUUAUAUCUCUUAUGUAUCAUGACUACAGAUUCAAAUGUGUAUUUCCAUUCGAUUUUGUGUUUG